UUGUUAGUGCGUUACUCGUGUGCGAUAAAUGAGUCGUUUCAAGAUUUACAAUAUAUAUUAUUUACUGGUGCAUCGUAACAUUCACCUCGUUUUUGAGCCGAAAAGUCAACAAAAUCAGUAUUGUGUGCUGCACCUUCGACAAUAAGUUGCUCUCUGAUUUAAUUUUCGACCAAACUUUCAAAUUUUUAGUUUUCAAAUUUUUAGUCUUCUCACUUUGCCGAAAAAGAAUACGAAAGUUAAGCAAGAGAUCUGUAGGCUAUAAAAAUUUAGAUUCUAGUUUACCUGCAAAAGUUCACUUCGAAUUCUGAUUUUGGUUUGAUCUUGUGGUCACAUUUCAAAGAUGAAGAACUGUGUUUUCCCCUUGGCUGAAUCUGAGUCGAUGAGAUCCAAGAUGGGAGUUCAUCUAAUUCUUCUGGCACUGAUGAUUUCCAGAUGUUCUUCUGGCUCUCACGGCAGUUCGGAGUGGGAUGAUAACGAGGACUACACAAACUGGACUGGAAUUGCCUUCGAGUGCCAAUCCUCGUCUGUAUUCGUGUGUGAGCCAGUGCAAGCCUGUUUCGAUAACCGUGACUGUCAGGUAAAUGGACAGAGUAGCCAGUUCUGCUGUGGAUCAGUGUGUAUCGGCCUGAGUAAACAGCAUUGCCAACAACAACAGUUUCCGUUUCUGAUUCCUCUGACAGCUGUGAUCGGAACCCUCCUUCUUGUACUCACAGUCUACAUUGUCAUCAGAUGGAACACUAAAAGAUUGUGUCAUGCUGAUGUGGAACAGCUUAAUCUGCACUCCAGAGUUGUUGGUUUUGUGCGCAAUGUGACCAGUGCCGACGACAUCAACCCGAGGAAUCUGCAGCCAGCAUCAGUUAUGGGGAUGACUUUGAAUGUGAACGAAUUCCGCCGCCAGGAAACUCAGCCCACAAGCCAACCACAGCCCGGAGAAGACGACGAGUUCAAACCCAGACUGCCCAAGUACUCUUUGAACCGAGAUGAAGUGAUUCCAGAAGCUAAUUAUGUAAUGCGAUAUGCAGAACCACCAAACAGUCGAAGAACAAGUGAAUCAACAACACACGAACCAGACGAACCACCUCCGGCGUACAGCAUUCCAGGCACGCCAGAAAGAAGGGAAUCGAACCAGCAAGACGAUACUGGUGCGCCGCCAGACUACGAGUCAUCGAUCCGUACAAUCAGCAACACUCAAAUCGAUGACUCAGCCGUGUAUCAGUACGCCAUACCGCCUCUGCCAUAGUCUUAAAAAUCAUUUUAUUGGGAAUCAAAGAAAAAUGAAACAGUCAAAAAGUAAUCAAAGUAAUUUGUUUUGCGUGCUAUUUUUCAAUGUACUUAGUUUUUGUUAAAAUUAAAUAGCGUAAUUUAA